AUGCUUGCUACUGCUUAUCAAUACACUCAAACAAUCAAACGCUCAUGCUUAUCAAAUGUUUAUCAAAUUUCUGGAAAGACUAAUGAACGCCUACUCAUGCUUGUCAAUACCUACAAAUGAUCAUCAGUGCCUGAAAAUGCUAGUGAAUCCCUGUCCCAUAUUUAUCAACGUCGGAAAGCCCUUGAAGGAUUUUGCCCAUGUCUAUAAAUGUCUGCUGCUAAUGAAUACUACUCUGGAGUGACCACAUAUUCAAGUCCUGAAGCCACAAGAAAUAUAACCAAUCUACUUUGCCACUAUCUGCCAAAUUCUAUCAAGCUCUGCUAUAGGUCGCUGUUUCUCUACGCUGAAUCACUCCGAAAUGCUCCUGUUCUCGAUGGUUACGAUGCUCCAAAGGCUCAACAUUCCGAUGUCUCUACGGUCAUCACCCCUUUCGAAACGCUUCGACCUAGGUACUUAGAAGUGCACUGUUUGUAUGUUGAAGCGCCUUUUUCGUUGAAUUUACCGUAG